UGAGGACGGAAGACACUGAGAGAAUGAACGCGUCGGAGAGGAGGCUGGCGGAGCUCGUGCAUGAGCGUCCGAAUCUGUACGACCAGUCCCGGGUGGACUACAAGGACGCCGUGAAGUGCCAGCAGUCGUGGGGGGAGGUCGCGGGCGCCAUGGGGAGGCCUGAGUUCGAGGUGAGGAUCAAGUGGAAGAAUCUGCGCGACAAGUUCUGCAAAGCGAAGAAGCGGCUGGCCAGGAGAAGCGGCCCCCUGGUGGACGAAGCGGAGAACGGCGCGGUGGAGCGGCCCGCCCCGGCGCUGCUGCACCAGCUGGUCUGGCUGAGCGACUUCGUGAAGCCUCGAGAGGAAGCGGCCAGCGAGAAGAGAGUAAGUGGGAGGGGCGAUGACCUGGAGAGAGCGUGUGAUAAAGUGAAGGAGCAGCACACACCCCUGUCUGCCAUCAGUACCAGCUUCUCUCUGGCGGAGGCCUGUCCAACAAACGGCCAGGAGCUGGUCUGUCUUAACCGUAAGAUGCAAGCCAACACAGAAACUGAGAUCAGUUCUGCAGAUGCCCUCACCAACAUCAGAGAUGAAGACGAACUGUUCCUGCUCAGCCUCCUGCCCUCACUGAAGAGGCUUACCAUUAAAAAGAGAAUGGAGGUGCGGAUGAAAUUCCAGCAGGUGCUUUACACGGCAGAGUUUGAGGACUGAAGAGACCAAAAGACAAAGAAGACUUGAUAGGUGGGAGGGUUUGUUUAGCCAUAUUUAUGUAAUGAUCCUUUCAGUUGAAAAGAGUUAAAAUGAACUAGUUCAAAGUUCAGUUCAUGCAGAUGAAAAUGAACUUGUUCACGUUCAUAGUUACAUUUUUGAGCUAAGUUAAAGAUUCCAAAAACGAACUAGUUAACGUCCAUUGAAUAAAAAAUAAAUACAUAACUAGGGCUAAGUUGUAGGACUAACGGGGCCAAGCACAGGCAUUUUUAAGCCUGCUGCGGCCGGUGGAGAGAGCGAUCAAUGACUUCACUUCCUGCGUCUGUCACACAAAGUAAAAAUGUGGGAAAUGGCCAAAUUGACCACUAAAUCCAAAAUGGUCGACUUCCUGUUGCCUUUUUUUAUAGUGCACCGAGAGACUUUUUUGUGCAUCUGGUUAUGAUACACAACUGUCCUAAUUUUCGUUAGUAUCGGUCAAAGCUAAUUGAGGGGCCUUCCGUAGGUGGCGCUGUUGAGCCAUUUUGCCACGCCCAUUUCAAAUUACUCCAGAAUACAAUUACUUUUUGGGGUUUGGAAUUUCCAGCAAAAUCAGAGCAUGUUUAGGCCCUGAAAAAUCCAAAAAGGGAAAUAGAAAUCCUUCGAAAUACAAUAGGGCCUCCCACCAUAGGUGCUCGGACCCUCAUAACCUCAACAAAAUGUUUUGCCUUUUAUUUCAAAGAUCAAAUUUAUAUCCCAUGUUUCUUUUCUUUUAUAGUCAUUUUUAUUUAGCCAGAUAUUGAAAGCAUAACAACAAGCCCCUGGUUGUUCAUACUAUAAACUAAAGUAAACAGUAAUUAGUUAAUAAGGUGCAUAUGUACAGUAACAUGUAAGCUCAUGCAAUAAAAAACAACAGACCGAUAAUAACCACCUCUGGUUUGAACCUCAUAAUGUUCAUUCAUCCCAAGUUUGAGGCUGUAUGUUGCUAUAUUAUUAUUGUACAUUUUAAAAUAUGUAAAAUAGGAACAUAUUUUGUUUUUACGUUUAAGAUACAAAGUGGGGUAGUUAACAGAUAUGUUUUUAUUAUAUGUAAAUAAAGUUCACCGGCGGAAUUUAUGGUAGCGCACUUAACUUUCUGAUGGGACACAUUUAUAUUGAAUAUAUUU